CUCCAAUUGAAUGCAAAAAUUUCAUCUAUAUCCAGAAAUCAACCUCCACUGUAUGUAAAAAAACUCUCUUUUAAUUUGAUAUCUAUUGAUAAUUUCUAAAAUUCUGUCCGUAUUAGCAUCUUUCUCCACUGCUAUUAAAGGGGGCUUAUAAAGAAGGACGCCGUAGAAAAAGAAGACGAUGGCAGCGAUGAAAGAGUGAGAGAGAUAGAAAAUGGAAAAGUCAAGAGUUUUUAAAGGAAUGAAAAUUAAUUUAGAAAAAAAGAUAGUUUAAUCUUUUCUUAAUCAACUGAAAAUGGAUGGAAGAUAGGAUAUUUUAAUUAAUUUAUAAAAAAUAUAAAAAUUAAUUUAUAAAUAAUGAUAAUAUUUAGUAAUUAAAUUGUAAAUCUCCCUAGUUUUUAAAGAAUGCUUACGAGCAAGCCAAAUUACAGUCAGCUCCCUCACGCUAUCAAAAGAUUGGCAUUGUUGAAACUUUGGGGAGAUGACAAACCCAGGGCCGAAAAGCUGAUUUUCUCUUACGGUCAUGGAGUUGCCUUCCAAACUCUUCUUCUCUUCUUAACGUUUUCAGCGCAACCCUCGUCUUCGAGCUUUUCAUUUCGUAUUUUUGCGCUUCAUCUAUGGAAUCUGUAGAUCAGCUUAUCAUCCCAGGACUGCCAGAUGAUCUGGCUUUGCGAUGUCUUGCAAGGCUAUCCCACGGGCAUCAUGGAUUGCUUGAAACUGUUUCAAAGAGGUGGAGAGAUUUAAUUCGUAGCUCAGAAUAUGCACACUAUAAAGCUAGAGAAGGAUGGUGUGGAAAUUGGCUGUUUGCCCUUACUGAACAGUCUAACAACCAGUGGAUUGCCUAUGACCCUGAUGCUGAUAGGUGGCAUCCCCUGCCUAAGUUUUCAGGGGAUUAUGCUGACUGGCAUCACUCUGGGUUUUCUUGCGUUUGCAUUUAUAAUCGACUCCUUGUAAUUGGUGGAUCCUAUGCACCGCAAGAUUCAUCACUUCCCCAUCAAAAGCCUUUGAUAACUGAUUAUGUCCUGCAGUUUGAUCCAUUUAAGAAAGAGUGGAAAAGAAUGGAAAGCAUGCGAACACCACGUUCUCAUUUUGCAUGCAGUGUUAUCGGUGGCAAGGUUUAUGUUGCUGGGGGCCGCAACUUGUCUUCUACAAGAGGACUUGCCCUUGCUGAGGUUUAUGAUCCACUAAUAGACAAAUGGGAGGAAUUGCCACCAAUGCCCAACCCUCAGAUGGACUGCUUAGGCUUAUCAUAUAAAGGCAAACUUCAUGUUUUGAGUGACCAGGUAGGUCUGUCAGACAUGAAUGCUUCUCAAGUUUUUAAUCUAUCAGAGAAAACAUGGUGCAUAGUGGAGGAUAUCUGGCCUUUCUCAAGGGCAAUGCAAUUCUCAGUUCAGGUCAUGGGGGGUGAUCGGGUAUAUACAGUUGUUGAUUGGGGUGAAAGCUUGAUUAAAACAAGAGAUUCUGAAAAAGGAGAAUGGUAUAACAUUGGUGCAAUUCCUUCGGUAAUUCUUCAUAACCAUACACGGGCAUUGGAAGCCUUUGGUUAUGGUUUUGCAGCCUUACAAGAGGAAUUAUAUAUUUUAGGUGGAAAGGUUCUCAAGUGGGAAGAAGCAGGAACUGGGAGAUUUGACAUAGUAAGAUUGGGUCUGGUGAGGGUAUGCAAUCCACUGGUCAGGCCAUUGAAAUGGAAGGAAGCUAGACCCAUGUGUGGGCGAGCAUGCGGCUCUAUACUAGGAUGUGCAUCCUUGGAAGAAGAAUAUUCUGUCUGAUCAAGAAGAAAGAGCGCAGCCAAGUUGAAAUGAGUUCAAAAAUUGAGACUCAAACUUUGCUUGCUGGACAAUCAUACAAAUGAACAGCGCAUUGUGGUGUUGCUGACAUGGAAUAUUGUCCUUCUGGAUAGUGUUUACUGCGAAUAGCAUCAUCGAAGAAUGUUACAAAACACAAGGACCUUGGAUUAAUUGUGCUUCAAAUGCAACUUUAACCAAGAGUAUUUUGUGUAUAUGUAGUUCCAGCUCAGCAUAUUAUUGGCUAUACGUGUUGGCAGAGGAUUGGACAAUAGCCAUAAUAGGAGCAGAUGAGAAUAUGACAGUCUAAAAUAGAUAUACACAUGUUCCGGGUUGUAAUUUUCCUUAUUUGCUUGGUAGUUGCAUGGUUUGUAACAACUGACAGGUCAAAAGAACAGCCAUUCUUUCCUUUUCUACAUAUUAUUACAUCUAUGGUGUUCUUCCA